AACGUUAACAGCAAUGUCCGAUCCCAGUUUUAACAGAAGCCAGCUUGAGCAAUUGAUCAGCAGGCGAUUCUUCUACGCCCCCGCUUUCUCCAUCUAUGGUGGUGUCGCCGGUCUUUAUGACUAUGGCCCGACAGGUUGCGCUCUCAUGAGCAACAUCAUUCAGCUUUGGCGUAACCACUUUGUCCUCGAAGAAGAGAUGCUCGAAGUUGACACCACUAUCAUGACACCUGCCGAAGUAUUGAAGACCUCUGGUCACGUUGAGAAGUUCAGUGACUGGAUGUGCAAGGAUGUUAAGAAUGGCGAGAUCUUCCGUGCCGAUCACUUGGUUGAGGCCGUUUUGGAAGCCAGACUUCAAGGCGACAAGGAAGCCAAGGCUGCUGCCUCUGGUGCUGCCCAUGUUGAAACUCCCACCGCCACUGAUCCAGCCACUGCUAAGAAGGCUUCCAAGAAGAAGAAGAGCAAGGUCGUUGUCGUUGAACUUAAGCCCGAAGAAAAGGCUGCUUAUGAGGACAUUUUGGCUAAGAUCGACAACUUCGGUGGUCCAGAACUUGCCGAAAUCAUUACAAAGUGGAACAUCAAGUCUCCAGAAUCUGGUAACGACUUGACCGCUCCUCAAGAAUUCAACCUUAUGUUCGACAGCAGCAUUGGUCCCACUGGUCACCUCAAGGGCUACCUUCGACCAGAAACCGCUCAAGGUCAAUUCCUCAACUUCAAGAAGCUUUUGGAAUUCAACAACGAUAAAAUGCCUUUUGCCUCUGCUUCCAUCGGUCGUUCCUUCCGUAACGAAAUCUCGCCCAGAUCUGGUCUCCUUCGUGUUCGUGAAUUCACCAUGGCUGAAAUUGAGCACUUUGUCGAUCCCGAAAACAAAGACCACUCUCGAUUCGAUGAUGUUAAGGAUAUCAAGUUGAACCUUUUGCCCGCCAAGGUCCAACUCGAAGGCAGCACUGCAAUCACCGUCAUGACCAUCGGCGAUGCUGUUGCACAAGGUGUUGUUGACAACAAGACCCUCGGUUAUUUCCUUGGUCGUAUCUACCUCUUCUUGAUCAAGGUUGGCAUCAACCCUGACAAGCUCCGAUUCCGUCAACACAUGAGCAACGAAAUGGCUCAUUAUGCUUGCGACUGCUGGGAUGCUGAAAUCAAAUCCAGCUAUGGUUGGAUUGAAUGUGUUGGCUGUGCUGAUCGAUCUGCCUACGAUUUGACUGUCCACGCCAAGCGUACCAAGGAGAAGUUGGUUGUUCGUGAACAACUUGAUGAGCCCAAGGUCAUUGAUAAGCUUCAGUUGGAAGUCAACAAGAAGGUGUUUGGUCCCAAGUUCAAGAAGAAUGCUAAGACCGUCGAAGACGCCCUUUUGGCCCUUUCUGAAGAUGGUCUCCAAAAGCUCAAGGAUGAGUUGGAUGCUUCAGAGAAGACCUCUAUCAACGUCGAAGGUCAAGAUUAUGAACUCACCAAGACUGACAUUUCCAUCGAACGUGUUACUGUUACUGAGCACAUUCGCGAAUACACUCCCAACGUCAUCGAGCCUUCAUUCGGUCUUGGCCGUAUUCUUUACUCCCUUUUGGAGCACGUCUGGUGGAAGCGUGACAACGAUGAAGACCGCAAUGUCUUGUCUUUCCCUGCUGUCGUUGCUCCCUACAAGUGCUGUCUCUUGCCCUUGUCCGGUAACUCAGUCUUCACCCCAGUUGUCCGCAACCUUUCACAACAACUCCGCGCAAAGAAUAUCUCCACGCGUACCGACGACAGCAAGGCUUCCAUCGGUCGCAGAUAUGCUCGUAAUGAUGAACUUGGUAUCCCAUUCAGCGUCACUAUUGAUUUCCAGACUGUUGAAGAUGGCACCGUCACUCUUCGUGAACGUGAUUCUACCAAGCAGAUUCGUGAAAAGAUAGAAGUCAUCCUUCAAGUUCUCAAGGAACUUUCAGAAGAAACCAUCACUUGGGAUAAGGUUGUUGCUACUUAUCCUGCUUUCAGUGCUAAGGAAGGUGAUGAGGAAUAGAUUAGUACUAUAUGGCUCACCCAAACCAUGUUCUAAAAUCCAAGAUAUUUCUUCGUUCUUUUAUUGCUCUUCCCAAAAAUAUAAAGAGAUAAAAAAAAAAUGAUCCAUAGAUACUUGCUGUUCUGGAG